AGUUUCUUCCUCUUCUGUGAACGUUCUCUCAGCUCUUUCAACAUAUCGCACAUUUUAACUUCGUGAGAGACUAAUACCUAGUAUUAAACAAUAUAAAUUCGUCACCUAUCUCGUAUAUUUUAUUAUAAUAAAUAAAAAUAAUUAUUCGCUUUCGCUGCGAGAACAUGAAAAAUUUGUUUUCAUGAUUUUAGUUUACCACUCUGGACCAACUGAUUUUGUGUUUUAACCUGUACCUGUUUGCACAGAUAUAUAAAUAUAUUAUUUGUUUUAAAAAUUAAUUAAUGAUGAUAAAUUAACCAACAAAAAUUUUCAAAACAUCUUCUAAAUUGUAAUAUAAUAGUGCACUGAAAGACUCUUAUCGAUAUUUCAGUUUCAAGUAUUGCAUGCGCUGAUUCUAUAUCGUUAGGUUUUUCUUUGGGAGGGAAAACAUCAGCUGGAUAAAACAUUUAACCGUCGAAGAAUAGAAUUAAUGUUGUGUUCAUGUUAUGAAUUUAAAUAGGUUCUCUGUGUUGUAUUUAUGAUGGAAAGUCAUAAUAAACCUGAGAAACACGUUAGAUUUUCUGUAAGUAAGAAUGCUUCAAAACCAGUGCAAGUUCAAGUUUCGGGAAAGGUGCACUCUUCAAGGAAAUCGCUAGAUGAAAAUGUUUCCUGUCGUUCUGCUGUACCAAAAAUAAAUUUUAUUACCAAAAAUGUAAAACUUUCUACCAAACCGAAGAAACAGCUGGUAAGAUCUGUCGAAGAGAGCAUUGGUUCAAAGAAAGUGUCUGUUGUGCACCUACCGGAAACUCCUAAGGAGCUAGAUUUUCGUUACGUGUCUGAAGACGACGAAGUCGAUGUUCAAUAUUUUAAAGAUGCUUGUAAAUACGAUAAACCAGAAUUUUUUUCAACUGUGGCGAUACAGAAGAAAUUGCAAGUUAUGAAUCAAGCUCCCAUCUCUAAAUCUUCAAUUACAAAAAUUGACCAACCCGUUUUAAUCGAUAAGGCGGCGAGGAAGCUCAACUUCUGGCCGGAGGAGCGCCUGUACCGCGACCUGGUGAGCCUCGCGGUCGACGAGGGGGACGCAGCGGGCAGCCAGGACAAGGGACACCGCCGGGGCAAGGGCUGUCUGCAGACACGGGACCUGGAACCCCAGCUGUGCGACUUCUUCCGGCCCUCGUUCCGCGGCGAGUACGGUACCCCGUGCCGGCCGCCGCUGACGGCCGUGGACAGCAUCAGGAGGUACGACGGGUUGUCUCUGUACCGGCGGUGUCGGGCGUGGAGACGGACCGACUAACACCUGCUGCUCCUCAUCACAUCUUUUAGGCUUUAAGAAAUUACUUUCUUUGUGUAUUGCAAAGUAUUUUUUUUAAUGUAAUAUUUUUAAAAGCUCUACGUGCUAUUAAAAAAAAGUAAAUAUCAUUUGCAACAGCAGAUUGCAAUAUUGUGCAUUAAAUUAUGUGUGGUUAAAAGAUUACUAUUGUUUCUUUCUGGCCAUCAAAACUUGCACAAUAUGUGGCAAUUGUAGCUUUAUGAACAUGUUGGAACAUGUUAAAGAAACACAAUAUUUGAUUUUAUUGUAGGGUAGUUCGGAAGUGCGUGUGUGUGUGUGUGUGUGUGUGUGUGUGUGUGUGUGUGCUCGCCUCGUCAGCUCUGAGUUAGGUGUACCUCUGGUGACCGCCAAGUGAGGCAUGUCUCGCUUCUAUUGUGAAGGAAUCGCGCGGAUUUGCGAUGUGUGACAAGAGGUCACUUGGGCGGACGUGUGCAGAACUACAGAUGAGAACUGGGUUAUGUUUGAGCAAAAGUGUGAGUUGCGUCAAGAAGUGCUUAAGACAUACUUUAGUAAGAGAGUGGUAGAUAUCAACAAGUAGAGCGGAAUGCACAUCCCAUGGUAAUGAUGUGCUGCACUCAGGGCGCACACGUUGGCGGUCUCCGGUUCAAAGCUAGAGAGAGUACAGGCAUCCCACAACAGGAUCUGUGGAGCCAAUGAACAGAAAGAGUAUGUAGUAAUACUUGAGUACAUAACUGCCCGGACUACGGCGAAUCCUUAGUAAGUGCAAAGAUAUGGAAUCCACUCCGAUACGACCUUGCCCGUUUCUCUACCCAAUCCCCUCUCCUUCCAGAGUUUGCUCUGGUGUCAAUCCUGAUCGGACCUUUACAAUUGGUGUCAGAAAGGCUCAAAACUUUUACACAUGUUAUAGUAUCCUGCUAAAGAGAUUGUCAACUCUGAAAUUAAAGAAAAAAAAUACUCUUUCCCUUUAUCAGAAAAAUUAUGUUGUAUAAUUUGUUGUGCACUAUGAUUUGUCUUUGUUUUUUUGUCAUCAGUGUUUGGGUUUGCUUUGUGUUACUGCUUUGUCUGCCCUCCCAUUCCCGUCGCCACUGUACAAAAUGUUUGACCUCCAAUCAUAAUUUGUGUGGUAGUUUAUUUUUCUUGUUACUACAGUAGAACCUCAUUUUUAUGUUUCCGGGAUUUACUAAUUCCCAUGAUUAACAUAAUUUUUUACUUGCACCAACAUUACAUAUUUGCUAUAGUACCAAUGCAUUAUUUGCCCAUUUAUUGCCAAAGCAUUUCUCGUAAUUUACAUUGUAACCGCUGUAUUUACUAGCAAACCAUUAGAAAGUUUCCGACUGAACAAUAAAAGUUAAUAGCGAAUAGUGUUAAGUUUAUUAAUAUGCAUUACUGUGUGUGCUUGUGGUCACUGCUGCUUCAUUUGCCAUUAUAAACAACUUGCAUUUUUUGUACCAUUUGCCAUGGUGAACCAUACAACCAUGAACCAAAAUUUGGUGACGUGAACAUGAAAAUUAAGUUUAUGUUGAUAUCUCUCCCCUUUAAACUUUAAUAUAUUAUGCAUGAAAAUAAAGUUGUAUAAUGAGGUUUCUACAUAAACGAACAGUGGAUUACUAUGACCUUAUGUUUAGUGAAGUUCGUUAUGAUUUGGUAGCACUGAAUUUUAAAACAUUGCAUCUGAAUCGUUUUUCCUAAACUUAAACUAUCAUUGUGAAAGUUGUUGCUGUUGUUAAAUAGAAUUAUUUCUGAUAAACAUCUUAAACUAAUUGUUAACAUACAAUUAUUAAUAAUGUCCGUAAAUAAAUUGAAAAGAAAAUUUUUCAAAAAAAUUGCCUCUGAAAAUUUAUUUAGUGUGGUGUAUAUUUGCUAAUUGUUUCCCAUCAUACUUAAAAUAAAAAUUAUUUUUUCAACACUUCCCAUUUUUUACGUUUUACCUGGAUUUUGCAUGUAGUAUAUUUCGUGGUCCCUUGAGAUAUAUGAAAACAAGGUUCUGUAUUUUACUGACAAGGAUUUAUU